AUGGUCUGCCAUCGUCAGAUCAACCUCAGCCAUGCGCUGUUGGGUCUAUUAUCUCUCUUCGCAGUCCCCGUAAAAGUCGACUACUUCACCGAGCCACCCAGUUUCGAGCUUGACCGGGAGAGCACCCGUUAUUCCGUCUCAGACCUCAACAAGACUUACACCUUGGGCCAAAAAGUUCGGAUUACUUGGGAAGUACCAACCGUGUCGUACAUCUCACUUAGUCUCGUGCACUGGGGAAAGGAUGCUGGCGUGGCUCCAACGACCGAAACAACGCAUAUAUGGUAUAUCGGACAUGGCGACGGCGUCACGGCAGUCGUGUUGGCGGCGAAUCCCAAUUUUGCGCCUCGGCUCAUCGACCCGACCGGCAACUACACCAAGACGGGUGACCCCGAGGGCUUCAUCGGCAACGAGCUGCAGAGCCGUGGCUUCAUUAUCCGGGCAAACGCGACUGAGUCGGCCAUCCCAUCGGUGAUGGCAUCCGGGAGGUCUGAUGGGGCCGCGGCUAUGGCUGGAAUCGCUAUUGGGUCUGCCGCGUUCGGCGUACAUCAUCCCACGCCUACCCUGCAUCCCGUGAUGCGUCAGGAGACGCAGAAUUCGGCAUACGCCAGCCCCAACUCGUCAGGCGACCGCAUGUUCAUCGUCCUGCCUGCACAUGGUUCCAGCUUUCAGUCCGAUUAG